AUGUCGAAUAAACAAAAGCUCGCCCUCGCGAUUAUCGACUUUCUCAACCAAGCCAAGACGGAUGGCUCUGUGUCCGAAGAUGCGGCGGAAAGCUUAGAUGUUGCAGGCAUCGAUUCCUUUCAAGUAGAUCCAUCGGACGCGAGCCAAGUGCAGAAACUCUCUGUGAAGCCAGCAACACUUCAAUCUAUAUUCAAUGUCUUCCUGCAGACCAAAGACAAAGUUGGCUCUGGUUCUGGAGAGGCUGCAGCGCCGACCUCUAAGACACCAUCUGCCGCCGAUAAGACGCAAGCCGAGAAAUUUAAGCAAGAAGGAAACUCACUGAUGUCUAGCAAGAAGUACGAUGAAGCUAUAGACUUGUACACGAAGGCAGUUAACCUGGACCCGACAAAUCCGGUGUAUUACUCCAAUCGCGCUGCAGCCCAUUCAAGCAAAGGUGAUCACCUUUCAGCCGUCGGGGAUGCGGAGAAAGCGAUAGAAGUCGAUCCAAAAUUCACGAAGGCCUAUCACAGACUAGGGCAUGCUCAGUAUUCCUUGGCUGACUACAAAGCUGCUGCAUCAGCCUUCGAGCGUGGACUGGAGCUCGACCCUGCCAAUGCCAGCUUCAAAUCCGGCUUGUCCAAUGCUAAAGCUCGGAUUGUUCCUGAUGAUGACGAUGCUCCUGCCGACACCGCUCCCGCUUCCGGUGGCCUUGGAAAUAUGUCUGGCAUGGCCGACAUGCUUCGGGGAAUGGGUGGUGGUGCGGGCGGAGGUGGAGGUGGCAUGCCUGACCUCGCCAGCCUCAUGAAUAACCCUCAAAUGAUGGCGAUGGCCCAGCAGAUGAUGGCAAACGGGGGCCUUGCGGGUCUGAUGCAGAAUCCUGCUGUCGCUGAUAUGGUAUAG